ACAAGCCGUUUAACCUCAUGCAAUCAUGUUUAAGACGAUAACCUUGACCUUACUGAUGGUUGAAAUUGCCUGUAUCAUUUCACAGAAUUGUUCUCCCAGACUAACUUUUAGUAUCGUUACAACAGGAAGAUUGUCUUUACCUCCAGAUGAGAUCAUAUCGAAUCAUACCGUCAACUCAGGGUUUGUCCCGAUAGGAUGUUACGAACUCUGCGAAAAGGAACCGAAAUGUGUUGGAUUCAACUACAGAGAAACGCUCAAUGUUGUGAACUGCCAACUGACCAACAUCACAGGAAAGAGAGGACACAACGCAAUGACUGGAGAAGGAAAAUGGACACUAAUGCUCAAUGAUAAUCCAGUAUUUUCAGCCACCAGUUGUGCCCAUCUGUACAACUUAGGAGUGAGAAAAGAUGGUGUUUAUAACAUCAAUCCUGAUGGCAUGGGAUCGUUUCAAGUCAGAUGUGAUAUGAGCACAGACGGGGGAGGCUGGACCGUGUUUCAAAGAAGACAAGAUGGAAGUCAAGAUUUCUAUCGUGGAUGGUCAGACUAUAAAGCAGGCUUUGGUGAUCUUAACGGCGAGUUCUGGUUGGGCCUUGAUAAAAUACAUCGCUUGCACAAAUCUGGCCAAAAUGUUCUAAGAAUUGAUUUGAUGGAUUUCAAUGGCGCCGAGGCUUACGCUAAAUACGGAACGUUUACUGUAGCUGAUGAAUCAGACAAAUACAGAUUGAACGUUGGAAAUUACUUAGGUGACGCAGGUGAUUCUCUUUCUAAUCACAAUCAAAUGCAGUUCACUACCAAGGAUAAUGACAAUGAUGUUUGGAGCAGUGGUAAUUGUGCUACGAGCUACAAGAGUGGUUGGUGGUUCAACAGCUGUCAUCCUUCCAACCUCAAUGGCGUGUACCUGGAUGCAGGUCAGAUUAAUACCAUCGGAAUAAACUGGUACAAUUGGAAAAGUUCGUGGUAUUCAAUGAAAAAGUCGGAGAUGAAAAUUCGUCCAAACCAGUUUUAAAAUAUUCCUGCGUGACAAAGCGAAUCCUAGCAAAUUACAUGUGGUGUUGUAUAGAUAUGUUUUCGAACAGAUUUAGAAGAAUUUAUAGAACUCCGCAUACAACCUAAAUAAUUGUAACCUGAAUGAGGCACUGAUAAGCAACAUGAUUUGGGGUCAGCAUGGAGUUAGUGACAUGAUCCAAACACAAUGUGUUCAUGGAACAAAAACAUUGAACCUGGCGCACAUGCACUGCAUGAUGAACUUAGCACGCAUAAAUAAUAACUGAUGAUCUAUUGGCAUUCUGAUAUUCAAUGAAAAAGACGGAAAUGAAAAUUCGUUAAAACCAGUUUUAAGAUAUUCCUGCAAAAACCUUUAGGAAAAAAGCAUUCACUCCCUGCUUUUAUAAUUAAAUUUUAAUGAUACAGAAAUGGUAAUAUAUACCAUCUUUCAUAUAAAGUUAUGAACGUCAAUUAUGCCACAGAGUUUUGGCCGCACAAAAAUUGUAAUAAAUGCACGUAUAUAAAAACACGAUACUUUUACAUGCAUGCGGAAAUAUAAUAUUUUCGCCAGUCAACUGAUUAAAACGGCGUAUAUAUAACCAUCACAGAACAUGUUGUAAAACGUACUAUAGAUUACUGCACUCCGAUAUGCUUCUGAAGAAGUCUGUAUUAUUUUGUUUAUUUUAAAUGAAUAUUACUUUCAAGGCCGCAGCCGCGAAAGUUUAAUUGUAUGGGGUGUGUACACACAUAUAUUCGUCUUAUGACCGACUGAUUUCUUUUGAAAGCUAUUGUUUCUAAGAUAUGUUAACCUGAAUAUAUGAAUAUGCAUCCCCCCUGCCCAAUUAUGCGAUCUAGCUGCAUGCGGUCCUGAUAACUUUACUUAUACAGCCUAUUACAGUAUAUAGCCCCGUUUACAUAACACUCGAUUUAUCGGAACGGCACGGCUAUAAUUGGUACCCGUGACCCACUUCAUCCGUGCCCGGUCUUUGUUUAGGUAGCCUGAACACUAUAAUAAAAUUGGGCACUGGUACACCAUUUUCGCCGUGCCAUGCCAAUAGAGUGUAGUGCAA